AUGGCGAUGAUUUUGCAGUACUCACAGCGCCUGUCGUCUGUGAAGUUGGAGAAGUGGCAGAUCGGCGUUCUCUGCAGCGCACCAUUCGUCAUCGGGCUGGGAUCGAUUGCGGCCAAGAAAUUAUUCGGCGGCAAGAUGAAGGGCAAGAAGAUGGAAGCUGCGGAAAGCCACACACCCGCCCAGAAGCUGGCCCUGUCCAAGGAGGCCAUAGUUCUUAAGACGGAGGGCAACAAUUGCUAUCGCAGCGAGAGGUACGAGGAUGCCGUGCUGUGCUACGACAAGGCAAUCGAGAAAUGCCCAAAGGACCAGUCCAUCGAUAUGUCAAUGCUAUUGCAUAAUCGUGCGGCCGCAUAUGAGAUGUUGAAGAACUGGGACAAGGUCAUGCAGGACUGCACCGAGUCAUUAGAGUACAGUCCCCGUUACUUUAAGUCCUACGCCCGUCGUGCUCGUGCCUACGAGGCCCGGAACCAGCUGAAGGCAAGCCUAGACGACAUCACGGCUUGCUGCAUACUGGAGAUGUUCCAGAACAAGCACAGCAUUGUGUUCGCCGAUCAAAUACUCAAGCUGACGGGACGUGAAGAUGCCGAUGCCGAAAUUGCCAACCGGCCACCGAUUGUGCCGUCGCUGUUCGUCGUCAACUCCUACAUGCGAACAUUCAUCGACGAUCCGCUGCAGACCAUCAGCGUGCAAGCUUUGGCGAAGACACCCAGCCCCAACGGCUUUGUGCGCGCACACUGGGCGUUCCGCGGCGGCGCCUUCACCGAAAUUAUACCGGGCUGCACGGAGGAAAUCGAGGAAUCCCUCAACGAAUCCCCCUACAAGCUGGAAGCCCUGCUGAUGCGCGGCACAUUCCAUAUGCUCUCCAACUCUUUCGUGGAGAGCAAGCGCGACUUUGGGGCCAUCAUCGACGACCCCAACGCCGAUGACCCGUUCCGUGCGUAUGCCUAUAUACGUCGUGCCACUGUCCACACCCUCCUUAACGAGAGGGAGGCUGCCAUAGCCGAUUUUGAUGCUGCCGAGGAGAUACAGUCAGCCAACCCGGACGUGUACUUACAGCGUGCUCUGGUUCUAAUGCCCCAGGAUCACACUGAAGUGGAGCUCGCACAGUACGAGAUGGCGGUGGCCCUGGCACCAAACAACGGCUUUGCUGUCAUCAAGAAGUGCUAUGUCGACUAUCGUGCCACCCUCCUCACUGGGGGCAACGAGAAGCGCAAGGAGGACGCAAUGCGCCGCUUUCAGGAGGCCAUCGUGAAGUUUCCCCAGUGCGUCGAAAGCUACAGCUUGAUGGCCCAGGUGCUGGUCGACCAGCAGGACUUUGCCAAUGCCAAUAAAAAGUACGAAGAGGCUCUCAAAUUGGAGCCCUCCAAUUCGUCCGUGAUGGUCCAGCAUGCGCUCAUGGUCCUGCAGUGGCGUGGCGACAAGGAGAUGGCAACAGAGCUGCUCAACCAGGCUAUUGUGGUCAAUCCCCAGUGCCAGCAGGCGUACGAGACCCUAGGCACCAUCGAGGUGCAGCGCGUGCACCUCAAGGCAGCCGUUGAGCAGUUCGACAAGGCCAUAGGCUGCUGCAGCAGCUAUGAGGACCUGGUGCAUGCCUUUGCCCUACGCAAUGCGGCCCAGGCUCAAAUCAAUGUCACCGACAAACUGAGCAUCGACAUCGAGGGCAUGAACGAAUUGGUCCAACAGCGCCGCCCACGACCAACCCCCUACUAG